ACCACUCAACAGCCUCCUCUCCUCUUCAACUGAAAGCCUGUAGCCACCUUUGUCUUUUUUCCUAGAUCCCUUCAAAAUAAAACCAACACCGCUAUUCCGGAAAAGAAGACAGAUCGAAAACCCUUCUCUCUUUCGAUAAGAAUUUUGCAGCAUUGCUUGCCAAUGAUCAUGUUUUCAUUCUCUCACUGCUGAUCAUUGAAGGUACUACUUGAUUCAUUAUGGUUAGAGCAUUGAGUCGUGAACAAAGCAUUCUGAAAACGAAGUAUCCCAAUCCCACACAAAUGUUCGAUCAGCUUCCGGGGCGACAGGUUCAGAGUUUCACCCUUGAAAAUAAUGCAGACGAUGGAGAUGAUGUUGAUCAAUCAAGGAGUUACAUUGUUCCUAGAGUUGUAGGAGAACGCCUUGGCGACUGCCAAUAUAUUGGAAGCCCACUUAAUCGCGUACGGGGUCCAGUGAAGGCCUCUCGUACAGAUGGUCAUGGUUGCGCAGCUCCUGAAACACCAACUCGUCAAGAAAAGCAAUUCUUAUCAGACAUGGAACUGAUGAAGGAAAGGUUUGCAAAGCUGCUUUUGGGUGAAGAUAUGUCAGGAGGUGGAAAGGGUGUCUCUUCAGCUUUGGCUUUGUCAAAUGCAAUUACAAACCUUGCUGCAUCUGUUUUUGGAGAACAAAAGAAACUAGAGCCAAUGAAUCCAGAGAGAAAGGCAAGAUGGAGAAAGGAGAUCGAUUGGCUUUUAUCUGUAACAGAUCACAUUGUUGAAUUUGUUCCUUCACAACAAUCCAAGGAUGGAAUCAAUAUGGAGAUCAUGACGACACGGCAAAGAAGUGAUCUGCUAAUGAACAUUCCUGCUCUGCGCAAACUUGACACCAUCCUCAUUGAUCUCCUAGAUCAAUUUGGAAGCCAAAAUGAAUUCUGGUAUGUUUCCAAAGACGAAGAUGGAUUAGAGCAAGGAACUCCACCAAGAAAUGAUGACAAAUGGUGGAUCCCCACGGUCAAGGUUCCACAAAAUGGGUUAGCAGAUGUAACUCGGAGAUGGAUGCAAUUUCAGAAGGAUUCUGUCAACCAAGUACUUAAAGCAGCUAUGGCUAUAAAUGCCCAAGUACUAUCCGAAAUGGAAAUUCCUGAAAACUACAUCGAAUCUCUUCCAAAGAAUGGAAGAGCGAGCCUCGGAGACUCGAUCUACAAGAGCAUAACAGUAGAAUACUUUGAUCCUGAGCAAUUCCUUUCAACCAUGGACAUGUCAACCGAGCACAAAGUUUUAGACCUCAAGAACAGGAUCGAGGCUUCUAUCGUGAUUUGGCAGAGAAAAAUGAACCAAAAGGAUGGAAAGUCAACCUGGGGUUCAGCCGUGAGCUUGGAGAAGCGAGAACUCUUUGAAGAGAGGGCAGAAACAAUCUUACUCAUUCUCAAACAGCGGUUUCCAGGAAUUUCACAAUCCUCACUAGAUAUAAGCAAGAUCCAAUAUAACAAGGAUGUAGGACAGGCUAUUCUAGAAAGCUAUUCAAGGAUAAUAGAAAGCUUGGCUUACGCGAUCUUGUCUAAGAUUGAGGAUGUCCUGUAUGCUGAUUCCCUUGCACAAAGUCCACAGUUAGAGUCCAAUCAGAAGCCAGAGGAAGAGCUGGACAAUUUGACUUCUGCAGAGACGCCAACAUCAAAGACACUCUCGGAUUUCAUGGGAUGGAAGGUAGAUCAGGGAGAGGCCAACAUGAAUAAAACUACCUCAACAGACAACAUGGAGAACUGCUUCAGAGGAGACCAGGACAAGACCAAGGACAAAACAGAUACAACCCCCAAGAGGUUUUCCUACUUAGAAAAGCUUGAGAACCUGAGUGGAAUGAGAAGCCCCACAGCUCGACAGUUUCUCUAAGUUCAUAAAACGAGAAAAGAACAACAGAAAAGCGAGGAAGAAAGAGAGGAAGAAAACAGUAGAGAGGUUUAGUUAGAGAGCCUGAUUUGUGAAAUGUAGAUAACCAGGCCCAAAUAGGAGUACAUUGUUUGGUUAGUCCUCCCUUCAAAAUGCAGGAAGAAGGAAGUCUCAGCAUGAAAACAAUGGGUGCGAUGCAUUUGGGGUUUCUUAUGCACUUGUUAACCCAGCUUCGUCUUAUACUCAGUUCAAUCUAUUCUGGUUUCUUUUCCA